ACACCACUGAAUCUGAGUUGGGCACACAACCUCUCUGACUGCCACCAAGAGCUUUUGUGGCCACUGCCUCUCUCUGCAGGACCAGCGCCUCACAAAGCCUGUACGAUGUGUAACCGAUUUGUGGGAACCUGGAAACUUGUCUCCAGCGAAAAUUUUGAUGACUAUAUGAAAGAAUUGGGAGUGGGCUUAGCUACCCGGAAACUAGGUGGCUUGGCAAGGCCUGAUGUGAUCAUCAGCAUGAAAGGGGACAUAGUGACCAUCAGAACUGAAAGCACCUUCAAAAAUACAACCAUCUCUUUCAAACUGGGCCAUCAGUUUGAUGAAACAACAGCAGAUGACCGGAAAGUCAAGAGUGUUGUAACCUUGGAGAAAGGGUCAUUGGUGCAAGUGCAGAAGUGGAAUGGCAAAGAGACCACAAUAAAGAGAAGACUUGUUGAUGGGAAGAUGGUGGUGGAAUGUGCCAUGAAAGGGGUUGUCUGCACUAGAGUUUAUGAAAGAGUGUGAAGAAGUUCCCUCUCUGCUCCGGACCGGAACUGGCUCUAAAAACUCGGCUUAGUUCAGUGACCAAAGCCUCAUGCACUGUGCUUCUUUAUUUUAUUUUCUUUUAUUGGGAAAAUGGCUACACCAUAAUUUGAUAUUUCAAAGCCAUAGUGUAACUAAUCCAAAAUAUUGUGGUGAUCCAAUAAAAGCUUCUCAACACAGAAAA